AUGGCAGAGAAGAAAUACAAUCGCAUGGUGAAGAUGAAAGAGACGUUGUAUAUUCCUUAUGAAUUAAUCAUUCAAAUCCUGCUGAGGUUGCCGGUGAAGUCUCUUUUAUGUUUCAAAUGUGUUUGUAAGUCAUGGUUUUCUCUUAUCUCUGAUCCUCACUUUGCAAAUUCGCAUGUUGAUGUUUCCUCCGCAAGAAUUGUGUUAAUUUCAAGAACUCCACCUACUGUUGGGAUUCGUUCUAUAGAUUUUGAAACAUCCAUUAACCAUGAUUCCUUUUCACUGGACCAUAAUUUUCUGCUUCACAGAGGUUACUAUUUCCAUGAAAUUAAAGGUUCAUGCAGAGGGUUUAUAUUCUUGCACUGUUGGACAAAUAUCUACGUAUGGAAUCCAUCCUCUAGGUUUCACAAAAAAAUACCUUUGUCUCCUUUUGAUUUGAAGUUACAUGCAUACCAUCGACAUCAUCUAUAUGGUUUUGGUUAUGACCGGUCAAGAGAUGAUUACUUGGUGGUUUUAUUGUCCCUUUGUCCAGCCUUGGUGAAAACUUCAUCAAAGUUGGAAUUUUUCUCAUUGAGAGAUAACAAGUGGAAUGAAAUUGAAGGUCCUCACAUCACUUCUUUUAAUACCAGGGAUCAUCCCAAACCUUCCAAAGCAGGAUUAUUCUUUAAUGGGGUGUUAUUCAUUGGUUAA